AUGGAUUUAAACACUUUACCACAUACUUAUGAUAAACCAGUUGAAUUAGCUAUUAUCGGAGGAACUGGAUUAUAUGAUUUACCAAAUUUGAAACCAGUUGCUAGAUUAACUAUUCUGACUCCAUGGGGAUUUCCAUCAAGUCCAAUUACUAUUAGUGAAAUGGCCAAUGGAUUUCCUGUAGCUUUCUUAGCUAGACAUGGUGCUCAUCAUGAUUUAUUACCAACUGAUGUACCAAAUAGAGCUAAUAUGGCCGCUUUAAAAAAAAUUGGUGUUAGAGCAAUCAUUGCUUUCUCAGCUGUUGGUUCAUUAAGGGAAGAAAUCAAACCAAGAGAUUUUGUUUUACCAACUCAAGUAAUUGAUAGAACUAAAGGUAUUAGACCUCAUACUUUCUUUGAAAAAGGAUUUGUUGCUCAUGCUAUGUUUGGUGAACCUUUUGAUGUUAAUUUAUACAAAUUAAUUAGUGAACAUAUUCCAAAAUCUGGUUUCUUACAAGAAUUUGAUAAUAAGGGAACUCCAACUUUCCAUACUAAAACUGAUAAAGAUUUAACUUUAAUUUGUAUGGAAGGUCCUCAAUUCAGUACCAGAGCUGAAUCUCAAUUAUACAGAACUUGGGGAGGUGAUGUUAUUAAUAUGUCAUGUAUUCCAGAAAGUAAAUUAGCUAGAGAAGCUGAAAUUGCUUAUCAAAUGAUUUGUAUGUCAACUGAUUAUGAUUCUUGGAAUGUUGAUGAAGAACCUGUUACUGUUGAAACUGUUGUUAGCAAUUUGAAAGCUAAUAGUGCUAAUGCUGCUAAAAUGGCUGAAAAAUUAAUUGAUAUCGUUGCUGAAGAAUUUGAAAACGAUACCUUAGGUAUUGGUAAAGACUUACAAGGAUCAAUGAAAUUUUCCGUUUCAACUAAUCCAAAAGCUGUUAAGAAGGAAUUAUUAGAAAAAAUGCAUUUCUUAUUCCCAGGUUAUUGGCCAAUUAAUUAG